GCUAUGGGAAAAAGCGGGAAAAAGAGAACCGUACCGUACAUUAGACGGUCGCGGCUCGAAAAGUUUUCCACUCACCUGGCACAGUAACGUGACGAGCGCGCGCUGACGUAGGCUUGCAGACCAGGCCAGGAAGUUCAAACCCCACCGCCACCAAACGGCACAAUGGCAGGUCUGCUUUUCGUAAUGUCCCUCGACUGGAGCAGGGGAAGGGGGAGGACUUCCUCUUCGCAACGCCGGAACAUGUGCCACUCGGCAAGGAACGUGACACCAGCAAGCAAGCGGACGUCCUCUUUCGCAUAGGGGCUGGUAGGUGUAGCGCACAGGUGCCAGUUGGGUGGUGUUUUGUUUUAUUUCAAUUUUCACCAAGCGAAAAACUUUUUCACCAAACGCGUCAGUAGGGAGGUUCACUUGUGGGAUUUCCUGCGGCGGAUAAUCAUUCUCGUUAAUGGGGCUGAUGAUUGCUGGAAAUAGGUGAGGCGCAACAGUGCAGCAGGUUUGCAAUUCGUUUGACAGUUCGAUAUUCGCCCCAAAAUGCUCCCCAAGUGUCAAGCCUGAACGACGUUCAACGACGUUCAAUGAUCGAAGAUAUCCAUGAAGUGUGAUGGAGCGAACGCCUUCUUGAAGUGAAAAGUCCGUGGAAAAACUCGUCCAGCCGUGCGAUGUCUUUCAAAGGACAUCGCUGCUCUCUGCCGGGAGUGCUACGGCUGGGUGAUUCCGUGACCCAUCUACCUCCCAUCCUUCCCGGCACCACCUUAGCCGGCCGGCUACUUCGCCACCUGCGCACCCUGCUGCUCAUCUCGCCGGAUCAUCCCGAAACGCGCAUCUACUAUCGCAGUCGGACGAAAAUUGCGGCCGAAAAUGAGCGACUCGUGCGCGAACUGCCGCCCUUCAUUGUGCACCCGUUCAGCAGCUUCCGCAAGUGCUGGGAGAUGGUCAUGUACUUCGUACUGACGCUGCAUCUCGUCACACUUGCCUUUGCGUUUGCGUUCGCGCCGCACCUUUCGUACGGCGUCCUCAGCGGAAUUCAGCUCUUUGACUGCGUGCUGUGUGCGAUGUUGGGGAUGGAGUUUGCCCUGAAGCUGAUCACCGGGUACGUUAGCCAGGGCGAGGUGGUGCUGGAACCGUCCCGAAUCGUACGCUAUCGAAUGCGCUGGUGGAACGUGGUCAACCGGAUGUUGCUGUUCGUACCGUACGUACUGCUGCUGGAUGAGCUGGUGCGUGCCUUCUACCAGGAUGCGGUCACGAUCUACCUUUGCCUGGUGAUCUACCUGUACCUGCUCUGCGUUUGGCGCUUCCGGUCGAUCAACUGGUACUUUGCAAUCGUCGCACGGAGCCUGUUUGGGCUUUCGGAAAAGCAGAUCCGGCUGCUGGAGCCCAUCAUGGACACGCUGUACGUGCUGCACUGGACCUCCUGUCUGCUGUACAUUGUGCCACUGCUAACCCUGUCCCUGCUGGGGGAUAAUGGGUUCGAGGCCAACUUCCUGGUCGAUGUGCUGUGGAGUCACGAUCAGCAGCGCGAUGCCUACCACUACCCGAUCACGCACCGAAACCGGCUGCCACCGCUCAGCGACCUUAGAGCAUACCUCCAGCAGCACCUGCCGAAGAUGUCCAUCUGUGCCGAGUUCAUGGCGGCACGGUUGGACGAUGUGGAGCACAACGUGUCCGUCACCUAUCGCUAUCUGCGUGCGCUGAUGAUCACGUUCAAGAUCAGUGUGCAGGGUGGACACUCCCUGUCCGUCUCCCGGCACUUCCUGCACGAGUGGACCCAGUCGCUGCUCCUGCUCGGUGGCUGGAUCUGGUCCACCUACAUCCUGCUGCUCCUGAUCCGCACCAUCAUCACGGCGGACGCAAGCGAAACCCAGUACGACGAGAUACUGAACGAGAUCGAUGCCUUCUGCGGGAGGAUGCGGCUGAGUGAGUCGCUGCGCCGGAAGAUGAGUCGCCACUUUGCCUGCCACUACCGGAUGCACUACUUUGACGUGCGGCCCAUCCGAAUGCAAGCGUCGGACAACUUGCGGCGCACGGUGCUGAUGGAGAUUGCGUUCGAGCCGUUCCUAACGCGGUCGGACGUGUUCCACGAUCUGCCGGCGUACGUGCUGCAGGACAUUGCCGAUCAGCUGCGGUUCGAGCUGUACCUGGAGAAUGAUACGAUACUGGCGGCGGGCAGUGCGGCUGAUACGAUGUUCUUUCUGGCGAUGGGUACGGCCGCCGUCUACACGCAGGAUGGUGUGGAGCUGGGCCAUCUGAUCGAUGGGGCCAACUUUGGUGCCAUUGCGCUGUUCCGGACUGAUGCACAGCGGACGGUCAGUGUGGUGGCGCUGGAGGUGUGCGAGGUGUAUCGGUUGGAGCGGGCCAGCUUUCAGAAGCUGAUGAGACCGCACAGCUAUCUGCUGGGGCUGGUGGUGAAGCAGGCCGAGAAGCGAAUUCAGGACCGGAGCGUCUCGCUGCAAGAGUUUCCCGACGAGCAGUACUACGAUACGUUCUUUUAUUAGGUGACUGAUGGCAUCUUCCGGAGUUGGAGCUACAAGUGGUUCACCAUCAAUAUCAAUAAAUGAGUGUGUUCAUUAAGGACCGGCAGCUGGAGCAAGAGGAACAAAUCAAUUAAUAUUAAUUUUCAGCAAAAAAUGGAUCCUGCCUCUACUUCAACUUCGCUCCGAUCGAUAGCCAUUAUUAAUUUAUUUAAUUCUUUCAUCCACUUUUACGCUUCUCUAAUCCCAAACCCGCUCAGAAACCCAUUUAUCCGGGCUGCUAAUCUUACGCAACCGAUUGGGGCCCUCCCCUCCCCCAGCAUUCACACGCUCUCAUAAAACUGGACCGAAACCGUACAAGCGAGCACCGGACGCUCCCAGCACAUAAGCCAAUCGAAGCAGAAAGCGCCCGAUCGUAUUUCCGCGUUCGGUUCGGCCGCACAACCUGACCAACCGGGGUGCGCCGAUGGAAGCCAACGACCGUUGAUGGGAUGCGUCCUUCGAAACCGGCCGGCGCAGCAACGUUCCGUGUAUCCUUGACCGAGGCCGUCACCAGUCAGUGAGCGCGGCUGAGCGCUGAAAGAGGAGGGAAUGAUGAACCACUGGUCGGAACAAAUCGACUCCAUUAAGUCAUCCUUGCCACAUGUUGCCGCUCCGUGUGUGUGUGUGUGUAAGUGCUAAUUAACAAUUUCAUAUCGUUUUGAC